UCUGUAAAAUUAAAAAAAGUUAAAGAAAUUAAGAAAUAAAAAUUUAUAUAUAAAAUUCAAAUUUUUCAAAAUAAAAGCUAGUGUUUUAAUAAUUUAAAUAAAAUAUGUUUAAAGUGUGACAAGUGUUAAAGUGAAAUAGCGAAAAAUAAGUGAAGAAAAUUGUUCAAAAGAAAUUUAUCAAAGUUAAUGUUAAGCCUAAAACUUGACAGUUAAAUCCAUCACAACAGCCGGCGUAAAACAAAAUUAUACAUUUACCAAACACAACAACAACGUUGUGUUGCCACCAACUACGUAAAUAUUAACGUAGCACAAAGAUUCUGUGAGUAAAACCCGUAAAGAGAGUGAGAAAUAAGGAUUGAUUGACAGGUUAAGUUUGUUGCAAAGCAGCCCAGCAUAACGAACAAUACAACAUUGUUGUUAUCCUCCAGCCAAUACAAAUAUACUUACAAACGCACAUUAAUACACAAUCACCUACACAAACAUAUUUACUCACACACACACAUACUAACCGACAUUGGUUUUCUUUUUGUUUAAACUUGCCAGUUGUUGUUGUUUUUUCGGUUGGUUUUAUGCAUCUUAGCUUAGCAAUGAUGCAAACUUUGAAACCACCACCGGUAUUAACAACAGCCACAACACUGCUACAACAUCAUCAUCAUCAACAACAACAACAGCAGCAAUCUCAUCAUCAGCAUCUCCAUCAUAUAUCACCACCACCCUUACUACAACAAUCACCUCAAAUACAAAACUCUUCUGCAACCACUACGGGCAGCAGCACAUUAGCUUCAACUUUGCUAAACAAUAAUUUGGCCAACAUGGAUUUACAGCAACAACAACAACUACAACAACACCUACAACUUCAACAUCAUAAUCACCACCAUCUCCAACAGCAGCAACAUCAACAAAAUUUACAAACUACACUUAAUCACCUACAAAUGUUAGAACCGCAGCAACAACAACAACUUAUCCAUCAUCAUCAACAUCCGUCACUGUUAUUACCAACGACAAAUAACCAUAAUCCCCAAAUAAUAAUGGCCAACUCAGCACAACAGCAACCACCACAACAACAACAAUGCUCAACAAAAGUAGCACCUGCUGCUACUCUUACUGCCUCUCCCUCUUCUAUUGCCUUAUCUAUAGCUACAACACCAACACCUUGCUCCUUAGCUCCUCCUACGGUUUCCUCCUCGUUAUCCUUACCUACGAACAACAUCUCACUUAGCAAUACUUUAGCCGGUGUUGUUGGUCCUUCUUCAAACAGCCUACAGUCACAUCAUUUGUCAGAGAUUAGUUGUAGCAGCAAUAGUAAUAACAAAAACAACAACAACAACGACCAGCAUGACCCAAAUCAUGAAAUGAUAUUGGCUUUAAUCUCCAGAAAUAGAGAGCUAGAGGCAACGAUACCAAAAUGUGGAGGCUGUCAUGAACUGAUAUUGGAUCGAUUUAUUUUAAAGGUGCUGGAACGUACGUGGCAUGCGAAAUGUUUACAGUGUAGCGAGUGUCAUGCCCAGUUAAAUGAUAAAUGUUUUGCCCGUAAUGGACAAUUAUUUUGUAAAGAAGAUUUUUUUAAGUCUUCUAACAGGCGUUACGGAACUAAAUGUUCCGCUUGUGAUAUGGGUAUACCGCCAACUCAAGUAGUGAGACGGGCUCAAGAUAAUGUCUAUCACCUGCAAUGUUUCCUAUGCGCCAUCUGUUCGCGUACCCUAAAUACCGGGGAUGAAUUCUACCUCAUGGAAGAUAGAAAACUUGUCUGUAAACGUGACUAUGAUGAGGCUAAAGCGAAAGGUUUAUAUUUGGAUGGUUCCUUAGAUGGUGACCAACCGAAUAAACGACCGCGCACCACAAUCACUGCUAAACAAUUGGAAACAUUAAAAACCGCCUACAAUAAUAGUCCGAAACCUGCGCGACAUGUACGUGAACAACUGUCACAGGAUACGGGCCUUGAUAUGAGAGUAGUACAAGUCUGGUUUCAAAAUAGGAGAGCGAAAGAAAAACGCCUGAAAAAAGAUGCGGGUCGAACACGAUGGAGUCAAUAUUUCCGUUCGAUGAAAGGCAAUUGUUCGCCACGUACUGAAAAAUUCCUAGACAAAGAUGAUCUUAAAGUCGAUUAUGAUAGUUUUAGUCAUCAUGACCUUAGUAAUGACAGCUAUAGUACGGUCAAUUUGGGUUUAGAUGAAGUUGCCUCGCCACAUAGUUUAAGAGGUUCAUAUCUGCACGGUAGUUCAAGUCCUUCACAAUAUCCAUCUAGUCGUUCGCCACCACCAGUGGGACAAAAUCAUUCAUUUGGUUCAUAUCCAGACAAUAUAGUUUAUACAAAUAUAGAUCACAAUUCAACAUCGAAUAUGCAUGGUUCCAAAUCACAACGCCUACAUGGUGGUAGUGCCGUUUCCGAUUUAAGUAAUGACUCUAGUCCCGAACAAGGUUUUCCUGAUUUUCCACCCAGUCCUGAUUCAUGGCUGGGCGAUGCGGGGAACACCUCAAAUCCGAAUUCAUCAACACCUGCUGUACAUUACUGAUACUCAAAUAUACUCUUUAGAUAUUUUCAAAUGCAAUCGCGCAAUUUUUUUCUGGCUACCCAUGGUCUACCACAAUUGGACUCCUCAACAACAUCGACUACAUUAUCCCUACCUGCACUACAAAAAUCAGAGCAAAAAUCAUAACAUUUCGAAGAUACUAGAGAUCAUGGUAAUUAAUUGCCAUGACGCUUAUCAAUUUCCAAUUAUUUUUAAUAUAACAAUCUGUGUGCAUACGUACAUACAUAUGUAUGAUUCUGCUAAGGUUUCUUUAUUUUCGAUUCUAAUCAAAUCUUUUCUCUGAGGAGAAAACACUUAUAAAAAAUAAUAAUUAAAUUGCUCAAAUGUUUAUAAAAUUAUUAACUUUCUGAUGAACAUAAUAUAUAAUAUAAUGUCGUUCCGAGAAAAUUCACGGUUUAAAACCCAUAAUUAUGCUUUAUUGUUGUCAAAACAUGUUCACUGACUAGAAAUUGACAAGAGUAUAGACUAGACUAUAAACUAGACUAUAAACUAUACUGUAAACUAGACUAUAAACUAGACUGUAAACUAGACUAUAGACUAGACUAUAUACUAGACUAUAGACUAAACUAUAAAG